UCUAAAAAGAAUCAAUAAGUUGAGUCUGACAGGAACAAAAAUGAAAAUACUACAUUCCCAAAUUCCCCUAGACAACACUUUUUUUCCAUUCAAUUCUUGUUUUAUCAUGAUUCUUAUUUUCUUUAUAUAAUUCUAGUGUUCAUAGUUUUUUCAUAUCAAAGAUUGUUAUUGGAUUUUCCAUUAGAACUAUACGUUAGACGAUAUUCUGGACUUAAUGGAACCAUCAAAACAUCGAAUCGAGGUGAUCUUAAUAUAUUCUUGAUCGAACUCUUUAACUUAGAAAUCUCCAAAUUUCCAAACGAACCAAACCUUUCACAUGGCCAAGUGUUGUAGUUUCACUGCAUCAAGAAACUGGUUGUUCAAAUACUCUUUUGCAAAUUCAGGCUUAAAAUCUUCCACCAAAGAUUUAGGUGAUGGUACUAUUAUGCAUUGUUGGAUACCAAAAACUCACAAAGAAAAGAAUCCAACUUUGCUACUUAUUCAUGGAAUUGGAGCAAAUGCAAUGUGGCAAUGGAAUGAAUUCAUCACAGCCUUAUCAUCAGGAUUCAAUCUUUAUGUACCUGACUUGUUGUUUUUUGGUGAAUCUUAUACUUCAAGGUGUGAAAGAACUGAAUCUUUUCAGGCUCAGUGUAUUAUGAGGACUAUGGAGGCUUAUGGGGUUAAGAAAAUGAUUGUUGUGGGGUUGAGUUAUGGUGGUUUUGUGGGGUAUAGUAUGGCUGCUCAGUAUCCUGAGGCAGUGGAGAAACUGGUUCUUGGGUGUUCUGGUGUUUGUCUUGAGGAAAAAGAUAUGGAGAAUGGGAUGUUUCAAGUGAAGAGUGUCGAAGAGGCUGUUUCAAUUUUGUUGCCACAAACUCCUGAGAAAUUGAGGCAAUUGUUGAGAUUGUCUUUUUACAAGCCUGCCAAGAAUGUUCCUUCUUGCUUCCUCAAUGAUUUUAUUGAUGUUAUGUGCACAGUUAAUCAUCAAGAAAGAAAGGAGUUGAUCGAAGCAUUACACAACAACAGAAAGUUCGCUGAUCUUCCUAAGAUUACUCAGCCCACGUUGAUAAUAUGGGGAGAAUAUGAUCAGAUAUUCCCACUGGAGUUGGGUCACAGAUUAAAAAGGCAUUUAGGCGAGAACGCACAGCUAGUAAUAAUAAAGGGUGCAGGACAUGCGAUUAACAUGGAGAAACCGAAGGAGCUUUACAAACACUUGAAGUCGUUCCUUCUUGAUUCUCACCCUCAUACCAAGGAAAACAGUAAUGGCAAUACCGACAAGCUAGACUAAGACAAGUGAAGAUCGACAGUACUCUGGAGGAAUUUUUUCGGGUAAUUUGGCUGAAUCUCUUGGCUAAUAUCUUCGUUGCAUUAUUUGUCAAUUGAUUCUGGCAAUCUCCUCAGGCCUAUUCAUGAACACCUGCACAGAGUAUUUGUUCUUUGAAGGUACUUCCCUGAACUGAACAAUACGAUCCUGGAUAUUCUUCCUACCAUCACUAAGUUAUUUACGCUCAAAAUAUUAAGUUGCAAGGUCCUCUUAUCGAGUCAAUUCUAAACCUUAUGAACCUAACGCAACUUGAUCUUUUAUAUCAUACUACUUCAUUGACGAAUAAGAACUAGGUAUACUAAGUAGAGGACUCUGCAAUUGGUUAAAACUCGGUCUAGAUAACUUAGUGAUGGGAGGGCGAAUAUCCAGGAUGGUAUUGUUCCGUUCAGGGAGUUACCUUUAAUGAAGGAAUACUCUAUGUGGGUGAAAUUCGAAAGAGAUUCAAGAAUAGGCCCUGAGAGGUUGCAAGAAUCAAGUGAGAAAUGAUGCAAUGAAGUUAUAUAGCCAAGAGAUUGAGGCAAAUUACCAGAAAAAAAUGAUUCUAGAGUAUUUACUUAUUUCAUUCUAGACCUACUUAGUUUAUUUUUGUUGAGUGAGAUAUCUACCAUUGGUGAAGCCAUUAUGGAAAAGUUGAAAGUGAUACAAAAGACAAUUAUAAUCAAACAAUUUAUGGGUGUUUCACUUUCACCA